AUGGCUCUGCGAUCUUUGAACGUGUUGAUUGCUACGGCGUUGGCUGUGGCUGGCGUUUAUGCUGGGCCCUGCAAGCCAUCGCUGGCAUCGUCAUCUAUCGUGUCUUUCUCGGGUGCAUACUCCAGCGAGGAGACACAUUCAACUACUGGGGUACUGUCAACAUCAGAAGUACUGUCACCGACUGAGACACAGACUACAAGGGGCGUUUUAUCCAGCACUGAGACACUCUCGACUGCCGACGCCGAUACCACCGAGGCUCUAUCAACCACUACAGCCCUAUCCACCACGGAGGAGCAGUCAACCACUGUCUUUGAGUCGACAACAUCGGCAGAAACCACCACGGCAGCGGCAACGACGACCACUGAGGCUGGAUGUACAGUCGCUUGCACCCAUGUCGUCGGCAAGAGCGGCGCCUGUACAAUUCCAUUCCAGGUCGCAACAUGGGAUAUCGACGAGUCUUGGCAUAUCGGGUCACCCACUGUAGCUGAUCAGGCAGCUUGCGCCGACGCCUGUGCUAGCGACUGUCGUUGCAAGUCCUUCGCCACAUAUGGAACUAGCUGCGACCUGUACUCGGGCAACCAGGCCCAGGUGAAUCCGCCUUCCUUCUACCUCGGUCCUUAUUUCUUCGAUCUGGCGGCCUGUUUUGAAUGCGAUGAUUAA